AUGGUCGCGAUCGCUAUGAUUCGCGUCCGCAUCAGCCGCCGCCACCCGGAGCUGGCGAUUCCUGGCGCAACCCGUGGCCAGAGGACCGUGAGUAUCGCCGCCGUUCCCGGUCGCCGCCGAGGCAUCACGACCAUUAUGAUUCUUACAGAGGAGGUGACGCAGGCCGAAGAUCUGGAGGCUUCGAUAGCUACAAACCCGACUCGAGACCGCCCCAAGGCGACUUCACCUUCCGCAUGGACAAGCCCUCCGGAGUUGGCGACAUUGGCGACUCUUAUCGCCCAGGCGGAGGUCCAGAUUUUGCCCGACGACGCGGAGGACGCGGUCGCGGUGGACCCUUCCGUGGUCGUGGUCGACGGCGUCGAUGAGAACCUCGUCAAUGACGCUGAUGCCGGCAUAACAUACCGCGACGUCGAUGACCUCUCUGACGACGACGAGGCCGAGAUGGACAUUUCCGACUCGGAAAACGAGUCUGGCGCACCUUCCCACAAGCGCGUCCGCCGUGAGGGUAACGAGGACGACGGCAACAGCGUCCCCAAGUGGUCCAACCCUGAUCCGUACACCGCACUUCCCCCACCCGACGCCGAUGCGCAGCGCAAGAAAAAGGACAUGGUCAAGAUGAUCCGUAAGGCUCGCGUCGACGAAACCGCCGCCGACAAACUGGCCGCAAGCACCGAGGCGGAAGAGUUCAUUUCCUUCGAUCUCGACGGCGGUGACGACAGAGAAGAGGAAAUCAUCCUCCCUCCUUCCCGAUCGCCAACUCCUCCCCCACCUCCUCCCCCGCCACCCGCUGCUCCUGCCCUUCCUGCACGUCCAGUUGCUGCGUAUCUCGAAGACCCGCCCAGUGGUGUUCUCGACCAAGCCCCUCGCAACAGCAUCACGGCUUCGAACAACAGACCAAGCCUGCCUGCAAAGCCUCUCGUGGCCGACAACGCGCUCGGCUCGCGCAAGCGCACCGCUGAUGAUAACAUCAAGCCGCCAACUUAUGGCCCGCUGAAGAAGGUGAACAAGAUGCCUGUCGGUGGAAACAUCUUACCCGAAUGGGUUGUCACUAGAAGUGAAGACCCAACUCCCUGGAUCAAGACCGACCAUUCCAAGACGUCGGAAGCAAGCGUCUGGCUGCAUAAGGAAAUUAUGGACUUCUACGACAUGGUUCGGCCACUCGAUUUCGAACAUGUCAUGCGCACGCGGUUGGUUGAGCGUCUUCGCCGAGCAAUGGCAAACAGCAGAUUUUACAGAGACUGCGACAUCGAGCCUUUCGGUUCAUACAUGUCGGGCCUGUAUCUCCCCACGGCCGACAUGGAUCUGGUCAUCUGUGCCGAGAACUGGAGAAACGGUGGACGCUCCGAGUUCUUUGGCAUGAAACCGCUGAGACAGUUUGGGAAAUUUCUUUCUCAGAUGAAGAUCACGAAUUACAACAGCAUGGAGUUCAUUGCGGGCGCCAAGGUUCCGCUGGUCAAGUACAUUGAUAACAUCACUGGCUUGAGAGUUGACAUCUCGUUCGAUCGACUCGAUGGACCUCAGGCUAUCAAGACCUUUGCCGCAUGGAAGGAGCAAUUCCCUGCCAUGCCCAUUCUCGUCACCAUGAUCAAGCAUUUCCUGGCCAUGCGCGGCCUCAACGAACCAGUCAACGGAGGCAUCGGUAGUUUCACCGUCACGUGCAUGGUCGUCAGCAUGCUGCAGCUCAUGCCCCAAGUCCAGAGCCGAAACCUCGUUCCCGAGCACCACCUCGGCGAGAUGCUGAUGGAGUUCUUUGAUCUCUACGGAAACAGGUUCGACUACUACAACACAGCCAUUCGCAUGAACCCUCCAGGUUACGUGCACAAGACCAGAGUCCCCAACGUGGUGUACAAGAAUCGGGACCGCAUCUCCGUCAUCGACCCCAACAACCCCGCCAACGACAUCUCCGGCGGCUCUAGCAACGCCAGCCGGAUCUUGGAGGAGUUCAGCUACGCUUACCACAUGCUGCAGAACAGAAUACGCGAAUUGUCGCACCCUUCAUCCCGCAGCAAACGCGUUCCAAGCAUCCUCGAGCCGAUCUACGCCGGCAACUACUCUUCGUUCCGCAGCCAGCGCUCUCACCUUCAGAAGCUUCACACCUCCUCAAGAUGA